AACUCUUUGGUUGCCAAAAAUAAUAAUAAAAAAAGAUAGUUAUCUAUGUAUUGUUGAAGUUGCAGAAAUUGUCAGUUGUAUUCAGUUGCAAGAAGAUGCACCUCAGGGCGAAAGACAACCAUGAACAGCUUGUUCUCACAGCAGAGCUCUUCUCUGGCAGCUCUUCCCUAACAGAGCCUGCACCAGGAUGGGUGCUCUCCGCCUGUUAUGGGUGUGUGUUCUCAUAUUUACUGGAAUAACACACAUUUGUGCCUCAAAUGUCUGCACCUCCAGAGGAGCCAGCACUUGUAAACAGUGUCUGGCCGUGCACCCCAGCUGUGCAUGGUGCUUCCAGGAGGACUUUGGCCAGGGAGUUGCCAGAUCUUCCCGCUGUGACCUGAAGAGUAACCUGGUGGCAGCAGGCUGUGCACCUUCAGCGAUGGAGUCUCCAACCAGCAGGAUGCAGGUGCUCGAGGACCGGCCGCUCAGCAACAAGGCGGCGGGGGCCACACAAGAUGUCACUCAGAUCAAGCCCCAGAAACUCCACAUCACCCUCAGGCCAGACGACGCUAAGCGCUUCACAGUGAAGGUGCGUCAGGUGGAGGACUACCCCGUGGAUCUCUACUACCUCAUGGACCUCUCCUACUCCAUGAACGACGACCUCUUCCGCCUGAGGACGCUGGGCAAAGGCCUGGCCGAGGCCAUGAACCGCACCACCAGCAACCUGCGCAUGGGCUUCGGGGCCUUUGUGGACAAGCCGCUCUCUCCUUACAUGUACAUCUCGCCCAAAGAGGCCGUGAAGAACCCCUGCUACAGCAUCAACACCACCUGUCUGCCCCAGUUUGGUUAUAAACACGUUCUGUCUCUGACGGAAGAAGUGAGUCGCUUCACAGAGGAGGUGAAGAAGCAGAUGGUCUCCAGGAACCGAGACGCCCCAGAGGGAGGCUUUGAUGCCAUCAUCCAGGCUGCAGUGUGCAAGGAGCAGAUCGGCUGGCGUCCCGGUGCCUCCCAUCUCCUGAUCUUCACCUCGGACGCAAAGACUCACAUGGCUCUGGAUGGCCGUCUGGCAGGGAUCGUGCAGCCCAACGACGGGAAGUGCCACCUCGGCCCUGACAAUAUUUACAGCAUGUCUACCACCAUGGAUUACCCAUCUCUCGCUCUGAUCACAGAGAAGAUGUCGGAGAACAACAUCAACCUCAUCUUUGCUGUCACCAAUCCCGUGGUUCCUCUGUACCAGAACUACAGUGAGUUGAUUCCUGGCACCACAGUAGGAACGCUCUCCAAUGACUCGGGCAACGUCAUUCAGCUCAUACUGAAGGCGUACGCUAAAAUCCGUUCCAAGGUGGAGCUGGAGCUCCAGGACGUCCCAGAGGAGCUGUCCCUGUCCUUUAACGCCACCUGUCUGAACGGAGAGCUCAUCCCGGGUCUCAGGUCCUGCUCUGGGCUGAAAAUAGGAGACACGGUGUCGUUCAGCGUGGAGGCCAGAGCGCGUGGUUGCCCCAAACAGAAGAAGAAAACCUUCAUCAUUAAGCCUGUGGGCUUCAAGGACUCCCUCUCCAUUACCGUCACCUUCGAGUGUGACUGCAAGUGCCAGGCCAAAGCUCAGCCCAACAGCGACAAGUGUUACCACGGAAACGGCACCUUUGAGUGCGGCAUAUGCCUGUGCCACCCGGACCGCCUGGGCCCACACUGUGAGUGUGCAGAGGACGACUACAGUCCCACGGAGCAGGACCGCUGCAGUGGACCAGCAGGUGCUGGAGGGCCUCACUCAGCCGUCUGCAGUGGUCGUGGAGACUGUGUGUGCGGUCAGUGCGUGUGCCACAGCAGCGACUUUGGGAAGGUGUGGGGCAAGUUGUGCGAGUGUGACGACUUCAACUGCCUGCGCUUCAAGGGGGAACUCUGCUCAGGUCACGGUGUCUGUAACUGUGGUUUUUGUCAGUGUGCGCCCGACUGGCAAGGGGAGAACUGUAACUGCUCCAGACGCACUGACACCUGCAUGUCCACCCUGGGUCUGCUGUGCAGUGGGAGGGGCCAGUGUGUAUGCGGGGCCUGUGAGUGCACCCAGCCCGGUGCGUACGGGGUCACGUGUGACAAGUGCCCCACCUGCCCCGACGCCUGCACCAUGAAGAAGGAGUGUGUGGAGUGUAAACACUUCAAGAGGGGCAAGCUGUUUGACGACAACACCUGCUCUCGAAUCUGCAAGGAUGAGAUUGUGCUUGUGGAUGAAAUAGUGCUUCAUGAUACAAAUGCCGUGAACUGCACUUACAAAGACGAGGACGACUGCGUGGAGCGUUUCCAGUACUAUGAAGACUCCAGUGGAAAGUCCAUCUUGUUUGUCAUCAAAGAGCCAGACUGCCCCAAGGGUCCAGACAUCUUGGUGGUGCUCCUGUCAGUGGCUGGAGCCAUCUUGUUCCUCGGCCUGGCAGCUCUGCUUAUCUGGAAACUGCUGGUCACCAUCCAUGACAGACGAGAGUUCGCCAGAUUUGAGGAAGAACGUGCUCGUGCCAAAUGGGACACGGGACACAAUCCGCUGUACAAAGGAGCCACUUCUACCUUCACAAACAUCACAUACAGAGGAAAAGACUGAUGCUACUGAACAAGGAUGAAGAGGGAUUGAUGAAAUAAUGGACUUUUGUGGGAUGGCACCAAAUCAUGUGCAGGCCUCUACUGUCACAAGACAAUAAUUAAUAAUUAUUUGUGUUUGUAAAUAUGUAGAAAUG